AUGCGCGACUGUGAAUUAUGGCGUAACGCUACCGAUGUUGAAUUCGAAAAUGCUAAAGAGGGCCCUGUUACAACUGAUGAUAGAGAACGUGACGAAAUUUUACAUCAAAAAAUUCAAAUAUUUCGUUGGGUGAAAGAAGAACAUUUAGAUAUAACUCGUGCUGAUCAUAAUGAACAAUAUUUUGAAUUUGCAAAGAAUGAUGGGGAAGAAAGUGCCGAUAAAUUUCUUCCUAUCCUUAUAUUUGUUGUGUUGAAAGCCAACCCAGAUAACUUGAUGGGUGCAAUUUCAUUUAUUGAAAAUAUGGAUGCUUCUUCUCUUUCUAUAACACAAGAAGAUUUUGAAGCAAAUAUUGAAGCAACUGUAAAAGAAAUUGAUCGUGAACGUCCGAAAUUACAAGAAAAUAAUAGAGAAAUUAGUUAUGAUAAUGUGAUGCAUCCAUCAAGAAACGCUUUACAUGUUAGAACUCCAAUUUUGAAUCCAGCACAAGCUAAAGCUCUUUUUGAAAAAGGGAGUAUUUUGGCUCAGAAGACAAUACAAAAACCAUUGAACAUAGUUGGAAGAAUAUUUUCCGAAAUUAGUAAUGACUUCAACAAUGAGAUGAAUGAACAGCUAUCAGGUCGUCACGUUAAUAGUUCUUCGUCAGAUGUUAAUUCAGCUUCAGAGUCUUCAUCACUAAGUACUUCCCCUCAUAAGUCUUCACACAUUGACUCUAUAAAUACUUCUCCAAGACGAUUAUCAGAUGCUUCACAACAUAUUGCCUCUUCAAAUUUUACGCACGAUUCUAACGAUAAUAUGGAUGUACAGGCUGAAGUUGCUAAACUCUCUGAAGCAGAAUUUCAGUAUUCACUUGCGACACUUAGGUCCAUGUUUCCUAAUAUGGAUCCUGAUAUUUGUGAACUUGUAUUACAAAAUAACGAAUGGAGAAUUGCCCGAGCUAUAGAUCAAUUACUUGAAAUAUCUGAUCCAAAC